AUGGCUUUAGAAUCCCAAUGGGCAACUGCUUCUAAUGAUGAUAUUAAAUCACUUCCAUUUAUGAAAGCUAAAAAUCAAAAUUCACCAAAGAAAAAAUCACCAUCAAAACGUUUUGUCAAUAAUAAUAAUAAAACAAAUACUUUUACACCAACACAUUCAAGAUCAAAUAGUAAAGAACAAUCUUUUCCCAAUGAAAAAAAGAAACUUCAAUGUCCUUCACCACCAACUUCUUCAGAAUCAUUUUCAAAUCCUUUACGCAUUGAUGAAGAUUGGUUAAGAAAGGCUAAUGAAAGAGAACUCCAUUCUAGUGCAUCAACUAAUAAAAAUUCAGAUAAGACUGUUCCAAAUAAAUUUAUUGAUAAGAAAAAGAAACCACUCCAUAAAUAUAAUAAUGACAUAAAUAGUUUACCCACUUUAAAUAAUAAACAUGAUGCAAAUUUUGAAAAUAAUAUUCCAGAUCAUGCUAAAAAAUUAGAAGAAUUGAAAAAAAGAAUUGAAGAACAAAAAAAAUUUUUAAAAGUAACAAAACAUAAAGAAGAACAAAAGAAAUUGUUAGAGGAUUUCUUAAAUAACGAUUCCAAAUUUGACUGGGUUAAUGAUGAUGAAGAAGAUGAGAUUGUUGAUAAAUUAAAUAAAAUUAAAGUAUGA